AGAAUGAAUAUAACAAUUGUAUCGUCGUCGUUGUAUGGAUAUCUCUGUUAUUGAAUAAAAAAUUCGAUAACAGAUGUCGAACGUCAAACGUAAUAGUUUGUUAACAAUUUUCAUGUAUCAAAAGGAGUAUAAGACGAUUGUUUUCCUUUGAAGAAUGACAAAGUUACAUAUAAAAUAUGAAAUUGCCAAAGAUGCGGAUGACACGUCGGACUAUUUUCUUUGGCCUGUCCAAGAAAGUUCAGGCGCAGUUAAAAAAGAAACGUCUGGUUGGAAAAAAACCGUUCAAACGCUUGUAUUAAUUCUUAUUUAUUUUAUUUUGUCCGUGGGCCUAACAUUUUAUCUACAAUGGCUUUAUGAUACAUACGGUUUUAAAUUUCCUCUUACUGCGGUGAUAUGCCAUUUAGUGAUAAAGUUUCUCUUAUCUGCCACAAUAAGGUGUGUCAGAACAUGUUAUAUGAGACAACAACAAUUAAAACUUCCUUGGCAAAGCAUAAUAUUAAUGGUAAUGCCGGUAGGCAUAGUUAGCGGUCUUGACGUUGGUCUAUCCAACUGGGCACUUUCGUUAAUAACAAUGUCAUUGUACACUAUGACAAAAUCGACAACUAUUAUUUUCAUUCUUGGUUUUGCUCUUAUCUUAAAUUUGGAGAGGAAGUCUUGGUCGUUAAUAUGCAUCGUAGUAAUGAUAUCAGGAGGUUUAUUUAUGUUUACUUAUAAAUCGACGCAAUUUGAAAGUUUUGGAUUUGCUAUCUGUCUCUUAGCGUCAUUUUUAAGUGGUAUUCGAUGGACCAUGACACAGCUCAUCAUGCAAAAAUCUAAACUGGGAAUGAAAAGUCCGAUUGAUAUGAUAUACUACAUGCAACUAUGGAUGUUAAUGCCUAUUAUACCGGUGAUGUUAUGGUUUGAAGGAUCUUCACUAUGUAGUUAUAUACAAAGUACUAACUGGAAUGAUGUUCAAUCUAUCGUAUUGACUACAUCUGCUGUACUCGGUGGUGCUUUAAUAGCUUUUCACAUGGAAGUUACAGAAUUCUUAGUCGUUACAUACACUUCUAGUCUUACUCUGUCGAUUACUGGUAUAAUUAAGGAAAUAUCUAUGUUAAUCUUGGCCGUUGAAUGGAAAGGCGAUGAAAUGAGUAGUCUUAACUUCAUAGGAUUGUUAAUGUGCCUUGGUGGAAUUAUGAUUCAUACUGUUUCAAAAAUAUUGUCAAACAGGAACAGAAAAAGUGAAAACAUGGAGUUACAGUUUAAUUCUCCUCCAAAUAGUAAAUUAAAAAACGAAGAGGGGAUUGACAUAAACUUCCCUUUAUUAACUCAAAAAUCAACGUCUUUAACAAAUCUUUUGAACGCGGAAUUUAGCUCGGACGAAGAUGAUCCGGUUAAAGAUCACGAGAAUUCUACUCAGAUAUUGAGUGAUAUAUUGCAACGUAGAGAACAGUAAAUUGUAGAUUAUUGACAUCUGUGUGCAAUGAAACAAAAUUUAUUUAUCAUAGAAGCUAUUCCAUGUUCGAUAUACAUACACUUUACUGUAUUUUAUACAUAUUUUUGCAUAUGAAGUUAAUUAUAAAUCUUGUAAGUAUUUUACUUUCUAUAGAAAUUGUUUAAUAAUUUUCAUUAAUAAGCGAUACUUUUAAGAAUGUAAUUGACGUUGAUGAACUUUAUAUUAACGUACCAAAAACUUUUUUUUCUUCUACGCUAGUACAUUGAGUAAAAAUAAGGAUUUUUAAUUUGAUAUUUACUUCAAAUUUAUAAACAGAGCUUUGAAGGAACAUCUCUUUUGUAAGUAAUGUUAAUUGUAUUUAUUUAAAGAUUUUCUACAAUUGUAAUUUAAUAGUAAAAAUUUCAGUCUGUGUUAGAGUUCCUUGCCUAGAAAUAGCAUAAUUAUGUCUUACUGAUAAAUAAGAAUAUUUUUUGUCGUUUUUGCUUUAUUUACGAACAUAUUUUUAUAUAUGUGGAUAUUAAAGCAUCGAUAAACGCACAGUAUAAUAAAGGAUAAUAAGAGUAUUGAAUGUAAAACGUGCAUGUCGUAAGUUGUUAUUAAUUACGUCUAAUGAUUUCUCCGAUAUGCUGAUUAUAAUUCAGUAACGUUUUAUCGAAGCAACUGUAAAAGUUUGUAAUUUUUAUAUUAAUUCAGAUGCAUAAUAAUGUAAAACUGCAUAACGCAGCAGUUUUUUGUUUGCGUAAACCUAGUCUGGAGGGAGGAAGUUGGAGCUGCGCAGCGGCAAGCACGUUUAAAAAGAAUUAGGCUUUUGUUAUUAAUUGCAACUAAAGAUUUGAUAUAAUUAAAUUACAAUUUUAUCAGUGAAAUUGUAGUAUACAGAUGUAAAGUUGAUGUUCAAUAUUCUUCUAUAAUGUGCAUAAAUAUAUAUGUAUGUAAAAGAACGUUUAUUACUUAAUAAUAAUUCUACUAUGUUUACGAAGCAUUCCUUUAUAACGAUUUAUUUUAAUAUGUAAGUAAAACGCUAUAUUUAUAAUUUUUCAGAAAGUUAGGUUUCAUGUUAUGUGAUAUUCAUUGGUUUUUUAUGACAUACAGGCUCGUCUGUAUAAUAACAUCCA